ACCUUAGGAGCCAGGCCUGGGCAGAAGGAGCCAGGAGAAUGGCUGCAAUGACUUCAGCAGUACUAGUGGACAUACAAGACGAAGUGACCUGCCCCAUCUGCCUGGAGCUCCUGAAGGAACCCCUGAGCAUAGACUGUGGCCACAGCUUCUGCCAAGCCUGCAUCACAGAGAACAGCAAGGAAUCGCAGAUCGGCCAAGAAGGAGAAAGCAGCUGUCCUGUGUGCCAGACCAGCUACCAGCUCAGGAACCUGCGGCCCAAUCGGCACCUGGCCAACAUAGCGGAGAGGCUCAGAGAGGUGGUCUUGGGCUCAGGGGAGCCGCUGAAGGUGAUUCUUUGUGCGCACCAUAGAGAGAAACUCCAGCUCUUCUGUAAGGAGGAUGGAAAGCUGAUUUGCUGGCUUUGCGAGCGGUCUCAAGACCACCGUGGUCACCACACGUUCCUCAUGGAGGAGAUUGCCCAGGAGUACCAGGAGAAGUUCCAGGAGUCUCUGAAGAGGCUGAGGCAAGAGCAGCAGGAAGCUGAGAAACUAAAAGCUGUGAUCAUAGAGAAGAGGACAUCCUGGAAGAAUCAGAUGGAACCUGAGAGACACAGGAUCCAAACAGAGUUUAAUCAGUUGAGAAGUAUCCUGGACAAAGAGGAGCAGCGGCAACUGAAAAAACUGGAGGAGGAAGAGAGGAAGGGGCUGAAUAUCAUGGAAGAGGCAGAGGAUGAGCUGGCCCACCAGAGCCAGGCACUGAAGGAGCUCAUCUCAGAUCUGGAGCGUCGGUGUCAGGGGUCCACAGUGGAGCUGCUGCAGGAUGUGAGUGCUGUCACGGAAAGGAGUGAGUACUGGGCUCUGAAAAAACCAGAAGAUCUUCCCACCAAGCUGAAGAGUGCAUUUCGGGCCCCAGAUCUGAAAAAGAUGCUACGAGUGUUCAGAGAGCUGACAGAUGUCCAAAGCUACUGGGCACUGCAGGGUUCCUACUCUGAGUGCAGACACAGGGCAGCGUCUGGAGAGGGACAGCUUGAGAGAAAGGAGGGAGCAGCUGCCAUGGCUUUAAAAUUCCUGGUGAACAUGAAGGAGAAGGUGACUUGUGCCAUCUGCCUGAAACUUUUGACAGAACCCCUGAGUCUAAACUGUGGCCACAGCUUCUGUCAAGCCUGCAUCACUGACAACAAGGCGUCAGAGAUCGGCCCAGGAGGGGAAAGCAGCUGUCCUGUGUGUGGUGUCAGAUACUCACUUGGAAACCUAUGGCUUAAUCAGCAUCUAGCCAACAUAGUAGAGAGGGUCAAAGAGGUCAAGUUAAGCCCAGAGGAAGGGCAGAAGAAAGAUCUCUGUUUGAGCCAUGGAGAGAGACUCCGACUCUUUUGUAAAGAGGAUAGGAAGGCUAUUUGUCAGCUCUGUGAGUGGUCCCGGGAGCACUGUGGUCAUCAGAUAUUCCUCAUGGAGGAGGUAGUCAAGGAAUGCCAGGAAAAACUCCAGGCCUCUCUGGACAGGCUGAGAAAAGAGCAUCAGGAAGCUGAGAAGUUGGGCAGUGACAUCAGAGAAGAGAGAACUUCCUGGAAGAAUCAGAUACAGGCUGAGAAACAAAGGAUACACACAGAAUUUAAUCAGCUUAGAAGCAUCCUGGACAGUGAAGAGCAAAGAGAACUGCAGAAAUUGGAGGAAGAGGAGACGAAGACCCUGCAGGACUUAGCUGAGGCUGAGAAUGAACUGGUUCAGCAAAGCCAGUUGCUAAAAGAGCUCAUCUCAGAUCUGGAGCAUCGCAGUGAAUGGUCAGCCAUGGAGCUGCUGCAGGAUACGAGUGGAACCAUGAAAUGGAGCGAGGUGUGGACAUUGAAGAAGCCAAAAACUAUUUCCAAAAAACUGAAGCAUGGAUUCCAUGCUCCAGAUCUGAGUGGAAUGCUGCACAUGUUUAAAGAGCUUACAAAUGUCCAGCGCUACUGGGUGGACAUGACAUUUAACCCAUUCAACUUAAAUUUGAAUCUCAACCUUUCAGAGGAUCACAGACAGUUGGCAUCUGUGCCAAUUUGGCCUAUAAAGUAUUAUAAUUAUGGUGUCUUAGGCUCCCAAUAUUUCUCAUCAGGAAAACACUACUGGGAAAUAGAUGUGUCCAAGAAGACUGCUUGGAUCCUGGGGGUAUACUGUAGAAAACGUUCCUGUAAUAAAAAAUUUAGACGAGGCACAAAUUAUCCAAAUGCUUACUCCAGAUUCAGACCUGAAAAUGGCUACUGGGUUGUAAGGUUACAGAAUGAAUCUGAGUACAAUGCCUUUGAGGACUCUUCUACCUCUGAUCCCAAGGUCUUGACUCUUUCCAUGGCUGUUCCUCCCCGCCGAGUUGGCAUUUUCCUAGACUAUGAAGCAAGCACUGUCUCAUUUUUUAAUGUCACAAACCAUGGGUCACUCAUCUACAAAUUCUCUAAAUGUCACUUUUCUCAGGUUGUUUAUCCCUAUUUCAAUCCUUGGAACUGCCCAGCUCCCAUGACUCUGUGCCCACCGAGCUCCUGAACAUUCUCCCUCCCUCACUCACUUCUGUGUAGCGACCCUUGUCCUGGGGCUCGUCUCCUUCACCUGAGCUGAUCUCUACGUUCAAACCUUCUCUUCCUUGUUGUCUCUCUUCUUUAGAACAUUUAGCCAUUCUUGGGAUUUGCAACUCUUUCUGGAUUAAGUUAGAAGAGAAUCUUAUUUACCCAGUUACCCUUUUCUGUAUUCUCAGUGACAGACAUCGAAUCCCUCUUAAAGACAGAGCAAUAUUUGUGUAACAUCUCUGCCCUGAUAUUUCUCCAUAUUUUCCUUUAUCACUGAUUUUGAGAGGUAUGGCAAAACCUGUCUAAAACCACGCAUGACCUAGGAUAAUCCAUAAUCUCCCCACCCACCAAAAACUAAGGAGUAUAUGAGUGCAUGCCUGUUUGUUGCACAGCAUACAGCAGUGUCAUCAGACAGUUGAGAAAAAAAAAAUGUUAUAUAUGUACCCAGAGUACAAAAUUUAUGUUCAGAGUGUUUGAUUUUAAAUAUCUUCUCUUACAUGGUGUGUAAUAAUGAAUACAUUUUUGUUUCUUUUUAUAAAAUACAAAUUGUAAUUUUUAAACUGUACCCAACUCUUAAGAUUGUUGUAUGAAACUGUCAUUCAAUGUAAAGUACCUAUUUAGGGUCCUGCACGAUAUAAUAAAUAUUUCUCUCCUGAUCACAGAAAUGUAUAAGCUGUGUUAGUGUCCUGUGCAAUGGAUGUGUGCCCUUCAGAGGAGUAGAAAAUAGAAAAUGAUCCUACCCCUCGUUUGGAUCAUGCUGGAGUCAUAAAACAGGGGUAGAUAUUAAAUGAGAUCUACGCUGAUACAAUAUCUAUCUCUGAUCUUGCUGUUCAUCAGAACCUGAUCUGGACCACAGUCUCUGUGGCCAGUUCUAACUGCAUGUGGCCUCUGGGCUGUUUUCAGUAUCUGGACCACUAGCUGGAAUACACUUGUGUUCUCCUUCAGUCUCAUUUCUUAUCAGUCUCCCUUCAUGUAUGAUGAACAUGGCAUUAGUAGACAGUGUUAACGGGUCUAAAUUCAUCUCCAUGCAACCUUUAUGUUUUAUUAUUGCUGUAUUUUGCUAGUUGUGCUAUGGCUUAAGUCUUUGUUAUUACUUUGAUAUUUCUUACAGAUUAUUGAGGACAUGUCCAUAAUUUUCAAAUUGGAUAAUUUCUAUUAAUCUACUUUUAAUUUUAGUUAGUCUUUAUGUUGUGAUUCCAAAUAUUUUAUAAGCCAAACCUGGAUUUGU